UAGAAUUUUUAUGUAGAAUUGACCUUCGAAAGAUCUACGAAUAUACGUGCAUAUAUAAGAUAAAUACCUUGUACAUGUAUUGAAUUUGAAUAGUCUUUAAUCGUGACUAUGGAUUUAUUGUUUACACAAUUAUUAUUUACAAUUAUGCAAAAAUAUCUCGUAUCUUGAUCAUUCAUAUAAUAUACUCUUAAUUACUCAAGUUCUAUAUAAUAUGUUUUCAAAACAAAUGAAGAUCAGUUUCUUUGUUAAAUUGGUUGAGUUCAGUAACAAGAAAAAAUGUAUGCCAAGUAUCUUCUUGUAAUCAUAGCCAUUAUUGGAAAUACGAUAUCUGAAGUUCCUUCGUACAUCCAAAUUUGUGGUCAAAGGAAUCCUAAUCUCGAUGAUUGCGUCCUCAAAAGCAUCAAAAAUUUGAAGAGAAAGCUCAUUGAGGGAAUUCCCGAAACAGACAUAAUGUCAAUAGAGCCGUUUUUGCUCAAUAAUAUAACGAUUAUCGACAAGCCUAACAUUAAGAUUGUUGGCAUGAACGUGAAAUUGCAUCACUUAUCGAAUUUUCAUAUAGAAUAUUUGCACUUGGAUCUCGAGAAAAUGGAAUUGGACAUCAAUCUUCAUUUUGAUAAAAAUGAAAUCAAUGUUGAUUAUAACAUGAUCAUAAAUGUUUCCGUCCCUUUACAGAAAAAUGGAUCGUUGACUUUGAAAGGGGAUAAGUAAUCUGAUUAUUAAUUCUUAACACGAAAAUAUAAUCGAUAAUAACUCUUUAAUACGUGUUUUUAAUAUUUUAA